GGAACACAAGUGUUGCUGCCAUAGCAUGUAGCUAUCAAGAAGUAGUCAGAGCUUUUCACUUAGAAAUGCUCCUAAAGUCGUUUGUAUUAUAACGACAGUACACCGUAGGAUAAUUUGGCAAAUAACUGUCUUAACAUGCAUACACAAGGCAUUUUGGAGGUAUUCACUAAUAGCUUAGCUAUCACUGAGUCUUAAUGCUAAACUAGAGAACUAUCAUAUUCAGUUAACAUUAGUUUACAGUUCAAAACCGCAAACACAAAUCCUUGUGUAAUUGACCACCUGCACAAGAACUUGCUCACCAAAACCCGAGUGACAGUGUGGAAUUUGUACAACUGGAUGAUGGAUAGCUGCACUGAGCCAGCUCGGGCCAUCAAGGCAAUUGACAAACAUUCAGUACACCAAAUCUGCUCUGGUCAAGUUGUUCUGACUCUUGCCACAGCUGUAAAAGAGUUGGUAGAGAACAGCAUCGAUGCAGGUUCCACCAAUGUCGAGGUCAAACUGAAAGAAAAUGGAGCGGAGUUGGUGGAGGUAUCAGACAAUGGCAGUGGAGUAGAGGAGGCAAAUUUCGAAGGCCUAACGUUGAAGCACCACACAUCCAAGCUGCGCGACUUCUCAGACCUCAUCCAUGUGGAGACCUUUGGUUUCCGUGGAGAGGCCCUGAGCUCUCUCUGUGCUCUCAGUGACAUAACUGUGGUGACGUGUCACAAAACUGCCCAGGUGGGCACACGGCUCGUAUUCGACAACAAUGGUCGCCUGGCCCAGCAAUCGCCCCAUCCCCGCCAGCAGGGCACCACAAUCAGCCUGCAGCAGCUCUUUUACACUCUACCUGUUCGACAUAAAGAGUUCCAACGCAACAUUAAAAAGGAAUAUGCAAAGAUGAUGCAUGUGCUGCAGUCCUACUGCAUCAUCUCCACGGGUGUUCGUAUCACCUGCACAAACCAGGUGGGUCAGGGCAAACGCAACACUGUGCUUUGCACCAGUGGAAGUAACAGCAUGAAGGACAACAUUGGAGCUGUGUUUGGACCCAAACAGCUACAGACCCUGAUUCCAUUUCAGCAGCACUCCCCGACUGACUCAGUGAAGGAGGACUAUGGGCUCAGUGGAACAGAGAUGCCCAAAGAACUCUUCACCAUCUCUGGUUUUAUAUCCAGAGGUGACCAUGGUGUGGGAAGGAGUUCAACAGAUAGGCAGUUUUUCUAUAUUAACAAAAGACCCUGUGACCCCACAAAGGUCUCAAAGCUGGUAAAUGAAGUUUAUCAUAUGUACAACAGACAUCAGUAUCCAUUUGUUGCUUUAAAUAUCACCGUUGCUUCAGAAUGUGUGGAUGUGAAUGUCACACCAGACAAGCGCCAGAUCUUCCUUCAAGAAGAGAAGCUUUUGCUGGCUACCCUAAAGAGUUCACUGAUUGCAAUGUUUGAAACUGGUGUCAACAAGAUCAGCCUCGUCAGCCACCCUGCACCCAGUGUAUGCAGAUUGGCUGAAUCAGCUCAUGCUACUGAAAGCCACCAGACCACUGUUUCAGAGGAUGUAAAAGAGGAUGCUCCUGAAACUGCUCUGUCCAGCCCAAAGCCAUCAUCUCUCAACUUAGCAGGCUUAAAAGCUGCCUUCUCCAAUCAGCAGUCUUCAGCCUCUACAGCAAAUAAGAGUAACUGUAAAGAGGUUCACAGUGGUCCAACUCAGAAGACCAUGCAGUCUUUUUUCAGCUGCUCGGAAAAGACUACCUCUUUCAAAGCAUGCAAGACAUCCCCACUGAAAUACAGUCCAAAAGACACAUUCAAGUCCUCUUCUGAGAGGCGAUCUGUGCUUGAUGUCUACAAGUAUGACAGACAUUCAGAGAGCGAAGUGGAUUCUGGUAUGUCAGAUCAUUGUUCUACCACAGGAACACCAGACAGCCUGUGUUCCACCAAGUCAGAGUUAGACUCACCUGACAUCCGUAUUAAGACUGAGGUGGAUGAUGAGCUUGUGAAUGUAGACUGUGCCGUGUCAGAAAACAUGACCCAGGAACCACAUCAUUCAGGUCCGUCCAGCCCAGAGGCGAAGAAAGCCAGACGAGAUGAGGACCCUUCCUCAGGAAGCUCAGCUUCAGACUCCAGGAGCAUCACAUCCUCCACCACUGAUAAGCUUGAUGCCCCUACAAAAGUUCAGAAGAAAAGCGUGACAUUGCCAUUCAGCAUGAAGGAACUCUCUGGAAGAGUGCAGAGACUUCAAGAACAGAGGAAGGGGAACGGAGAUGGAGGGCUACUUUACCGGCGCUUCAGGGCAAAGAUCAAUCCGGGGGAGAACCAGUCUGCGGAGAAUGAACUGAAGAAAGAGAUUAGCAAAGACAUGUUUAAGAAGAUGGACAUCAUCGGGCAGUUCAAUCUUGGCUUCAUCAUCACCAAAAUGAAUGCUGACCUUUUCAUAGUGGACCAGCAUGCCACUGAUGAAAAGUACAACUUUGAGAUGUUGCAGCAGCACACAGUGUUACAAGGACAGAAACUCAUAGUACCACAGAAUCUUCAACUUACCGCUGUCAGUGAAACGGUGCUCAUAGAUAACCUUGAAAUCUUCCGGAAAAAUGGCUUUGACUUCCUGAUUGAUGAGGACGCACAAGUCAUGCAGAGGGUGAAACUGGUGUCCCUCCCCACCAGUAAGAACUGGACCUUUGGCCCGAAUGACAUAGAGGAGCUCAUCUUCAUGCUGAGUGACAGUCCAGGGGUGAUGUGCCGGCCUUCCCGGGUUAGGCAGAUGUUUGCGUCCAGAGCUUGCCGCAAGUCGGUAAUGAUUGGCACAGCUCUGAAUAUCAGUGAGAUGAAGAAACUUGUGGGACACAUGAGUGAGAUUGCGCAACCAUGGAAUUGUCCUCAUGGGCGACCUACCAUGAGGCACUUGGCAAAUCUGGACGUUAUUUCACAGGACUGAAACUUCCGAAAUACUAGUAUUGUUUAUUAAAACCCCUCAGACUGAAGUGCAUUUUAACAUACUUUUGUGCAAAGGCCUUUUUGAACAAUGUGUUUGUAAAGUGCAGGUUUAAUUAAAAGCUCUAUCCUAGUAAUUGUUUUAAUAGUGGCAUGGCCCUAUAUUGUGCAGGAAUGUUCAGUUUGAACACGUAGUCCCACAAUAGCCAAAUAUUUGGCAGAUUUAUUCAAUGUACAUAUGUUAAAUAGAAUUUGUUUAUCUUGAGUGUAGUUUUGUACUUUUAAACUACGUGUAAUAAAGACAUUUUAAAACAUUUCUAUAGAGUGGUGAAGUCCCGCCCCUUCCGUUUGCCAAUCUUUAAAAAAAA